AUGGCCGUCGCAAGCAGCGCAUCCGGACCCAGUGGUGUCACCACUAAAGCUUCAUCUCAGCCACCAAUCUCAUCCAAGGCUAUCCCGAAGACAACAGAUAGCGAAUCUGAUCUCAGCUCUACAAGUGACUGCGAUGACACUGUAAACAGCAGCCCGGGUUAUGAACCAACACGUUGUCUCUUCUGCCUCAGCAAAUCCGGUAAUAUCGACGCAAACCUCGACCACAUGUCCAAAGUCCAUGGCAUGACAAUACCUUCACCCCACCAGCUUACCGUCGACCCAACCACUCUACUUUCGUAUCUACACCUCGUCAUCUCAGUCUACAACGAGUGCCUAAGUUGUGGCACACAACGACGCAAUACUCAAGCAAUACAGCAACACAUGCUUGGGAAGAAGCAUUGCGCGUUUGACAUUUCCGACUUGGAGUCCGAGUAUCGAGAAUUCUGGAACUUCGAAGAAGAUGCAGCAGGAAUACGGGUCGAUGGUGAGAACAUUACUUUGCCGUCGGGCAGAGUAGUCAUGUCUCGUUCCGUACGGACCACGCAGCAGGGUCAAAGACCUUCUGGUUCAGGUGCGAUGUCAUGGUCGCGAAUGAAUGCUUCAUCUCUGGAUGCUGCAAAUCCCAGCACAUCGCAGGCUGGCAGUCUCUCUGCCACCACGUCCUCGACAUUCAAUCAGUCUGUCCACAAACAAGCACUCACAAAGCAAGACCUUCGAGCACUCAAUCUCGACAAACAGCUAGGCAAGCUUCGAACCAGUGACCGUCUUGCUCUUGCACAUCUUCCUGCUUCCGAACAGCGUGCCAUAUUGGCAACGCAACAAAGCCAACUACAAAAAGCAAGAAGGCAAGAAAGAGACAUGCAAGCAAGGCUACAACGAAAGAAUAAUCAGACAUUGAUGAAGCAUUUCGUAUCUGAUGUCCCAGGACCAAAACUAGGUUGA